AUGGAGACAACGUUGGACGGUUGUGGUACUACUGUAGUCGAAACAGAGAACACGAUAGCUUAUGUGAACAGGGUAGUUGGGUUUAAUGUCAGUGAUCCUCCUCCAGGAGCUGUCACUACUCGGUUCAAAAUCGCAAACAUACCGUUCAACUGUACCUACAAGAAAUCAGCCGUUUCUGUUCUUCUUUCRAACUUUGAACCUAUUUCAAAACGUGAUGCCAAAGAGAGAAGACUUGAAAUUGGUUCUUUUGGUAAUUUUACAUUCCGUAUGAACUUAUACAAAGACAAGGSCUACUCCAGUCAAUAUCAACCCAAUGACUAUCCAAUCAGCGUAAGGGUUAAUGAUCCUAUCUACGUUCAGUACGAGGUGUUGUCAGAUAGAGCCGACCUGUACGUCUUCGCCAAAAAAUGCCUCGCGACGACCACAACAAGAGAGACGAGUAAACCUCGCUAUGUAUUCAUCGAUAAAGGCACAACCACUGCUGCUCCUACCAAACCAGAGAUCACAACCACUGCUGCUCCCACUAAACCAGAGCCCACAACCACUGCUGCUCCUACCAAAGGAGAGCCUAAAACCACUGCUGCUCCUACUAAACCAGAGAUCACAACAACCACUGCUCCUACUAAAGCAGAACCUACAACCACUGUUGCUCCUACUAAACCAGAGAUCACAACCACUGCUGCUCCUACCAAACUAGAGAUCACAACCACUGCUGCUCCUACCAAAGCAGAGCCUACAACCACUGUUGCUUCUACUAAACCAGAGAUCACAACCACUGCUGCUCCUACCAAACUAGAGAUCACAACCACUGCUGCUCCUACCAAAGCAGAGCCUACAACCACUGCUGCUCCUACUAAACCAGAGAUCACUACCACUGCUGCUCCUACUAAACCAGAGAUCACAACCACUGCUGCUCCUACUAAACCAGAGAUCACAACCACUGCUGCUCCUACUAAACCAAAGAUCAAAACCACUGCUGCUCCUACCAAACCACAGAUCACAACCACUGCUGGUCCUACCAAACCAGAGAUCAUAACCACUGCUGCUCAUACCAAAGCAGUGAUCACAACCACUUCUGCUCCUACCAAAGCAGAGCGUACAACCACUUCUGCCCCUACCAAAGCAGAGCGUACAACCACUGCUGCUCCUACCAAAGCAGAACCUACAACCACUGCUGCCCUUACCAAAGCAGAACCUACAACCACUGCUGCUCCUUCCAAAGCAGAAUCUACAACCACUGUUGCUCCUACCAAAGCAGAACCUACAACCACUGCUUUUCCUACCAAAGCAGAACCUACAACAACUGCUGCUCCUACCAAACAAGAGCCUACAACCACUGCUGCUCCUACUAAACCAGAGAUCACAAGCACUGCUGCUCCUACUAAGCCAGAUAUCACAACCAGUGCUGCUCCUACCAAACCAGAGAUCACAACCACUGCUGCUCCCACUAAACCAGAACCUACAACCACUGCUGCUCCUACCAAAGCAGAGAUCACAACCACCGCUGCUCCUACCAAAGCAAAACCUACAACAACUGCUGCUCCUACCAAA